AUGGAAUCAAAUACAUGGAAUGUAAACCCCACUGACAUUUUAAAUAAUGAUAAUCAUUAUAAGACUGGGCAACUCGAAGAUAAUGCAAAGUUUUCAAAUCAUGACCUUGAGCAGGAGGAAACGUACAGAAAUUAUCUAGAUUUAACAUACGAAAAUAUGGAUAAUGUUUUAAGUCAAAAAUUAAAUGAUUUAGAUAUACCUUUGGUCCCAACGAAUGCUCAAAAUGAUAUUACUUUAAAUUUUGAUGAUGACUUCAAUUGGAAUCAAUUGAAAAUAGACGAAUCUACCAGUACUACUGUAGCUCCAACAUACAAUAAUAAUACGAGACAGCACAAGAGAGGAAUGAGCGGUACAGCAAUAUUUGGUUUUGCUAACCACACAAAAGAAUUGAGUAUAUCAAAUAAUAAUUUUGAGUAUCCUAUAGAUUCUGGAAAUCAUUACGAACCACAUCAACAGAAUAGUAAUGAUUCAAUGGUCAUUGGUCAACAACUGUUAAAGCAACAGGAACAGUUAAAAAUGGCCUUAGAUAAACAAAAAGAAAUGAACAUUCAGUUGGAGCAACAAUUGCUAGAGAAUAGAAAGCAACAAGAACAAUUACAAAAUGCUUUAGCACAGCAACAAAUGGUAACAAAUAAUUUAGUAAUUAACUCGCCGUCAAAGAGUCCAUCCCACACUGCACAUACACCAAGAUCUACUAGAGUUUCCAAUGAUAAUGCAAUAAUAAUUACUUCAAACUCAAAAUCAGGUAAAUUUGAAUUUCCAGCUCCUCAAAAUCCAACAACAAUGAUGAUCUCGCCACCGUUAUCAAACACUCCAUUUAAUGGAUCACCAACAAACAAUCGGAGAAAUAGAAGCUUCAUGCAUGGCUUUCAAAGUAAUACUGAAUCAGACUUACUAAAUAUAAAUAGCAAUCAGAAUUAUGACUAUUCGAAAGAAUUAAAUACACCAAAUCUUACAAAUGGAUCAACCAUGAAUAACUCAAGACAGAGUAAUACCCUUCAUUAUAAAAAAGAGUCUAAUUACUCAACAACCUCGACAAUUCCUCAAUAUACAGAUGAAGAUACAAGCGAUUCGGAAUAUAUGAAGAGUAUGGGAUUGGGUAUACAAGUUGACUCUAGAGCAAUACAGAACAAUUUAAAGUUUAAAGGCUCACAAAAGCUUGAUAUGUUACCUACAAUUGCUGGUUCGAACCAAAAUACACCAGUUAAAGUGCAACCACCACAAAAAUAUAAAUUCCAACAUACUCCAAUAAAACAACAACAAUAUAGCAAUACACAAUUUACUGAAAAUAAAGAUAAUAUAAAUGAUAACUUUAAGAAUGAUAUGAAACCAACUAAUAUAUUUUCACAGAGAAAUAGAACACCCCAAUUAGCAUUAUCAUCACAUAUUAAAAGUGUUGACGAUUCGGCUAGAUCAGAUAUAUAUGGAACUUCUCCUUCAAACGGCUCUAAUUUACAAUUUAAAACCUUUGAAACACCUUCACCUUCGCAUAAGCAAGAUGACAACAAAGGCUUUACAGGUUAUGAUGGAAAUAUGAGUAGAUCAGUUGUAAAUCUCGAUAAUACCCCAGUGAAGAUAACAACGAAACCAACUACUCUGCCAAGGGGUUCCAUUGACAUUUAUGUUAAAGAACUACCCGACAAAACAUUUGUUUGUUUGUAUCAGGGUUGUCAAAAGUCUUUCAAGAGACGCUAUAACGUUAGGUCACAUAUACAGACACAUUUAGAGGAUAGACCUUAUACAUGUGAUUACGAAGGUUGUGAGAAAUCUUUUGUUAGAAAUCAUGAUUUAAUUAGACAUAGGAAAAGACAUGAUGAAAGAAAUAUUGUUUGUCCAUGCGGUCAAAAAUUUGCCAACCAAAAAUCAAUGGAGAAUCAUAAGAAUAAUAACAUUUGUAUAGGUGGGACAAAUCUUCAAAAAUCUGUGACGAAAACAUCACCCAAGAAAUACCAAGGAAAUAGACCAGGUAAUAACAAUAUUAUAAUAAAUAGUCCUGUCAAAGAAGCAGUGACUAGUGAAGUAACAGCAGAUUAUGUUAUAAAGAAAAUGGAGCAACAAUUAAAGCAAGAAAUGGCAAAUAAUGGGUUCUUAGAACCUCCACCAAUUGUUGGAUCGGAAACGACAAAGAUCGGUUCGAACACAACAACAAAGACAUUAAUAUCUCCUUCACCCUCAACAGGAUUGAGUGAUUUGGGUUCGCCGUUUUUAGGAUUCAGUGAUAUCGCAAAAACAAUUACAUAA